UGGUAUGUCUAGGGACUCUCCACUGGGAGAGAAUCAUUGUGUUCUCCCCUAGGAGGGAGGUUAGAAGUGGGAGACACCCAGGUUGUGCUAGAAACUGUAUGGUAGCCGGCGCGAUGGCUCAUGCCUGUGGUCCCAGCUACUCAGGAGGCUAAGGCGGGAGGAUUGCUUGAGCCCUGGAGGUCGAGGCUGCAGUGAGCCAUGAUCACGCCUGUGAAUACUCUAGGAGGAUGGAUGACAUAGCAAGACCGUUUCAAAAAGAUGAGAAAGAAACUGCAGUGUGAAGUGGCACACCUAUUACAAAGGAGGAAGACUGAGCUUAUCUGACUUCAGAGCUUUCAGGAGGGAAGAAAGAUGUCAGAUGAAGAUGAUCUAGAAGACUUUGAGCCAGACCAGGAUGAUUUUGAGAAAGAAGAGGACGAGAAGGAGACAGAGGAGGGGGAGGACUACAGAAAAGAGGGGGAAGAGUUCCCUGAGGAAUGGCUGCCCACGCCCCUCACGGAGGACAUGAUGAAGGAAGGGCUUUCUCUGCUCUGUAAGACAGGCAGUGGGCUGGCUCAUGCUUAUGUCAAGCUGGAGGUUAAAGAGAGGGACCUGACAGACAUCUACUUGCUGCGCUCCUACAUCCAUCUGCGCUAUGUGGAUGUUUCUGAGAACCACCUGACAGACCUGUCUCCACUCAACUACCUCACCCACCUGCUCUGGCUCAAGGCUGAUGGCAAUCGGCUGCGAAGUGCCCAGCUGAAUGAACUGCCCUACCUGCAGAUUGCUAGUUUUGCUUAUAACCAGAUUACUGACACUGAAGGCAUCUCUCAUCCUCGUCUUCAAACCCUGAAUCUCAAAGGGAACAGAAUCCACAUGGUGACAGGUCUGGACCCCCAGAAGCUGAUCAGCCUGCACACAGUGGAGCUUCGGGGGAAUCAGCUGGAAAGCACCCUGGGGAUCAAUCUUCCUAAGCUGAAGAACCUCUACCUGGCCCAAAACAUGCUGAAGAAGGUGGAAGGCUUGGAGGACCUGAGCAAUCUCACCACCUUGCAUCUUCGAGACAACCAGAUUGACACUCUGAGUGGCUUCUCCAGGGAAAUGAAAUCAUUGCAGUACCUCAACCUGAGGGGCAACAUGGUGGCCAACUUGGGGGAGCUGGCCAAGCUUCGAGACCUACCCAAGCUGCGAGCCUUGGUGCUGCUCGAUAACCCAUGCACGGAGGAAACCAACUACCGCCAGGAGGCCCUGGUGCAGAUGCCAUACCUCGAACGCCUGGACAAGGAAUUCUAUGAGGAGGAGGAACGGGCUGAGGCUGAUGAGAUUCGACAGAGUCUGAAGGAAGACAACGAGAAGGAGCAGGAGCCUGAGCCCCAGCGUGACCUGGAACCGGAACAGUCAUUGAUCUAGCAGCAGUUCUAGCCUCUAAAGAUAUCUCCAGGCUGGAGUACAAUGGCAUGAUGAUCUGGGCUCACUGCAACCUCCGUCUC